GAGUGAGGCAGAGAAAAAGGCCAGGCCUUGUUUGGGGAGAUUUUUUUUUUCUCUCCUGUAGCACACAGAGCGUGAUGUCAGUGGUGGCAGCGCUGUUGUAAUGGACUUGGUGGGGGUGAUGGCGUCAUUUUCUGCCCUAGCGUAGCCUCCUGCUCUUGAUAGCGAAGGGGAGACGGAUCCUAGGCCGGCGCGACCGUGGCUCCCUUGGCCGGGACCGAGUACCGCGGAGUCGGACACAUCACCCCGGGAAACAUGGAGGCUGCGGACGAGGAGCUGCGGGCCGGCUCUCGGGUACCUGUCACUAUCGAUCAUGUUGUUAACGACACGCUGGUGGUGACGCUGACCUACCGAGAACGGAGCUACACUGGGAUAUUACUCGAAUCUAACAAAAAGACCGGGCUCUUCUGUCUCCCAGAUUUGACAGCCAAACUUGGAAACUCCCCGGUCACUAAGCCAGCCUGUGAAAUCCCAGAGAUCCUGAGCGAGGAGCCAGUUCCUAAAUCCCCCAGCCAGGCCCCCCACAGACCAAAGGAUGAAAACUCUCUCCCUGAGAGCAGCGAACCUACUGCACCUCCAGCAACGCCCUGCCCCGUCCCCACCCCUGUGCCCGCUGGACAGACUCCUUUUCCUCCUUAUUUUGAAGGAGCCCCCUUCCCUCCACCCUUAUGGGUGCGCAACACCUACAGCCAGUGGGUACCCCAGCCCCCUCCGCGGCCAAUAAAGAGAAAGAAGAGGCGGUCGCGAGAGCCAGGCCGUAUGACCAUGAGCACCAUCCGCCUGCGGCCGCGACAGGUGCUGUGUGAAAAGUGCAAAAACACACUGAACAGUGACGAGGACAGCAAGGAUGGCAUUAGCAACACUAAGACUUCUAGAAAAGAGAACACGCUGCAGAGUGACGAUGAUGGUGACUAUAAGGACGGCCCAGCUAAGCUGUCCAGGAAAGAGGACGUCAUUGCAAAGGAUGCCAAAAGACGAGAAAACGGCCCCAGCCUCGACAGCAAGCGGUUCAGAAAAGACAAAAGGAGUGAAACUGAUGUGGAGAAAUACGCCACAAGCGACGUUAUCCCUCACAGUCCCGUCAUAAAGAUCUCCUACAGCACCCCGCAGGGAAAGGGGGAGGUCAUGAAGAUCCCAUCCCGAGUUCACGGUUCAAUCAAGCCCUUCUGUCCAAAACAGCUGGUGCAAAACGGCGUGGGAGGAAAUGGCAAGAGGGCCAGCGACGCCUCUAAAGAUCAGCGACACAUUCUAGACGCCACCAGGUCCGGCCUGACGGUGUCUAUUCCAAAACUGAAAUUAACCAGGCCUUUUGCAACAGUGAAUCAAGGCUCAUCCUGUCCAAAGAUCCGCUUGAGACCCCCACAGAGUCAGGGAGAGGAGACCAUGAUGGAGUAUGAGGCAGAACUGGUGGAAGGCAGCAGGAGACGGAGCCCCAGGGGGCCCUCCUCCUGUAUCCCCCACUCCGAAGACUCAGGGGAAGGGAAAAACUCAUUAGAGCUAUGGUCAGGAAGUUCUGGAGAGGAGGGGGAUCGCAGUCACAGCGACCUCACCCUCCUGAUCAACUUCCGGAAGCGUAAGGCGGAUUCCUCCAGCCUGUCGGUGUGCAGCAGCGACAGCCUGGACGAAUCCAAGUCUUUCAGCUCAGAAGGGACCUCGCCGGAGAUGUGCGAUCUGGCACCGGGCGAAGACCUGUCCGUCACUUCGUCCUCUGUGACCCCGCGGGACGAAUGCAAGACAGUGCCGCCGAUCACGGUGCGCCUUCACACCCGCAGCAUGACGAAGUGCGUAACAGAGGAGGGGCACGCUGUGGCAGUGGGGGACAUCGUGUGGGGGAAGAUCCACGGCUUCCCCUGGUGGCCAGCUCGCGUGCUCAGCAUCAGCGGUACUCGGAAACAGGAGUCUGACGGCUGCGAGGCCCAGUGGCCCCAAGCAAAGGUGGCGUGGUUCGGCUCGCCCACCACUUCCCAGCUCUCCGUAGCCAAGCUCUCGCCCUUCAGAGAGCUCUUCAGGUCCCGCUUCAACCGCAAAAAGAAAGGCAUGUACCGGAGAGCCAUCCUGGAGGCAGCCAAGGCCGUGGGUCACAUGGGACCAGAGAUCACGUCACUGCUCUCCCACUGCGACACGUAGAGGCUGAGGACUAAAUGACUCCGAGGUUUUUCUGGAUUCUCAGACUCAGCCAUCAAGGCCCAGGAAGUGUGGAUGUGCCGUUGCCAUGGCUACUAUUUAUAUACCUUUUUUGUGUCCCUAUUCUUUUUCACAACGUUGAUAGAAGAUGGAUUAUAUCGAUGAGAGUGGAUAAGGGAACAAAACAACAACAAAAAGAUCAAAGGCCCGAAUCUCGUGGUCUUCUAUGAACUCUGAACAUUUUGUUUUUUUCUAGGUUUUAUUAUAUUUCUAUAGAGCCGGAUAACACUACAUGGACCCAAAUGUAUUUAUUCUCUUUGAGUGCCCCUCCCUCCCUGAUAGUUGUUUUUGAAUAUUCUGUUUGCUGCUGUUAUUCUGAAGCUCUCUGCGGCGAGGUCCGACCUGUCCAGCCGGGUGGAGCCCCCCCCUCCGGCCCCGCCCUCCUAAAAAGUCUUACUCUAAACCCUCUUUACUUUGGAAAAUGUGAAUGCUCCAUCCAGAGACAGCAUUGACUGCAGCGUCCCCUCCCUUAGGGGUCGGUGGAUGUGUUUGUAACAAACUGUCCAUCUCCGGAGUCGCGUCGCGUCUGUUCCCCAUUUCAUUUCCCACUACGCCGCCCUCCUCCAACUAUUCAGAUAUCCUUAAAACCAUUUUUACAUUUAAUUAUUUAAAGUGACACAUUUAAAGAAAAUAAGCACUUUAUCUGUACCUUGGUGGCCUGCUGUAAACUCACUGUCUGAAACACUAUUGAGAGAUACAGCCUCGAUAGGCAGCAGGGGAGUUCAGAAGUCUUUGUGGUUGACUAUCUAUGGCCUUGGAGAUACAAAACUGAAAUCUACUUUUUGUUUUUAUUUAAUUUUAAUUUUUGAUCCAUGGGGAAACAAGACUCUUUCUUUUCUGACAUUCUGACUUUGCCACAAUAAGCGAAUCCUCUCGCCAUUUCCACUGGAAACUGUAAACAUGUUAACACCCCCCCUAUGCAUCAUCAGUUAAAGCUUUAUGAAUUCAUUUCAGAGGAAAAUUCAAAAACGUUACCAUGCUGUAUGAAUACUGUGAAUUCAGCUGCUGAGUGGACUGAAGGAAAAAACAU